AUGGAUCAAAGUAAGAAAGAAGAGGGUAGCAUCGAAGAACCAUUAGAUCUCAUCAGAUUGAGUCUUGAUGAAAGAAUCUUUGUAAAGAUGAGACAAGAUAGAGAACUUAGAGGUAAAUUACAUGCAUAUGAUCAACAUUUAAAUAUGAUUCUAUCAAAUGUUGAAGAAACAAUCAAAGUUGUUGAAAAAGACGAAGAAACAGAUGAAGAGAUCGUAAAGAAUAUCAAAAGAAAUAUAGAUAUGCUUUUUGUUCGUGGAGAUGGUGUAAUUUUAAUCUCACCACCACUUAGAACUUCAUAA